CGGUGCCUGGCGCGAACACACAGAGCUGUUAUCUAAGUGCAGGCCGUAGAGAAUCCUUCAGUUGACUUCUUUCCAUUGUUUUCUGGCGUUAACUUCAGUGCACAACGUUGUGUGCUUUCAUUUUUAGGGUUUACUUUAUGGUAUACUUUUUUAUAAAUUUAUAUAUCAAUGUUUAAACCAAUCAACAAAGUUACUAGUAAUUAUUGCCCUGUGAUUCCCAGUGCCUGACUGUGUUCGACCGGAUAAUAUUUCUUCCUGGGUUUAUGAACCAAUGAUGUGGCUAGGGUUGGUGCCGCUGGGGACGCCUCAAGCUGUUUUGCCGCCCUUUCCACGACAAAGGCUCUUCAGUUUGGCCGAAAAUGCCGUCCCUCAAUAUAAAGAAAAGGGUGUCGCCCAAGGCCGACCGCCCUUCUCCGCCCCCCUCUUGCUACGCCACUAACAUCGCACAUUCUUAACUAUAAUUUUAAUAUAUCAAUUUUUUAGAUGGUGUUAACUCUUGCAAAUUUUGACCGCAGAUUUCCAUCUAUAUGUUUAAAACGUUAAAUAUUGACACAGUUGAGUGGAAUAUUGUUACAACGUGAUCGCUAACACAACUGAGUGGAAUAUUUUCAUUUCUUGACCAUCCAUUCAAAUGUGGUCUUAGUGGGCAGCACGGAGACAAUACUUGCAUCUGUUUUAGCAAUCAACUCUCUCUAUCAUUCCUCAACACCAAUCCUGACCUUUUGCUGGUCGUCAUCCUUGGAGCCACAGAAUCCAGGUUUAAAUGUGAACCUUGCUGGACCGACACGUCAAUAAACUCAUACGUUAAGAGCCCAAUUCAAUUCAAAAUUUGUUGGACCUCAUCCAUGGAUUCAGACAUGGAUGGCACUGUGGAUAAUGACCUCAGUGAAGUUGAGCAGACUGAGGUAAAUGUUUUCUUUUUUUUUUUUUUUCUUUAAAAAUCUAUUUUACUUUAUUUCGACAAAAAUAGAGCAAAAAGUUUAUACGGUAAAAUAAGAUCUAUUAUUUUAUUAGGAUUGAACAUAUUGAACAGUGAUCACUCUUAGCACGGUGGCCAUUGUGACAGCAACAAAACAACGUCUUUGAAGUGUGUCUUAAAAUGACCUCGUCUAUACCAGUACUUGAAUAAACUGUUCGUGGCCAGUCAAAGAUAAAACUGUUCUUCCUUCUUUCUUUAAUAAAUUUCACUUUUAAAACGUUUAAUACGCUAUUUUUUGUGAAGAAAUUUUUAAAUUUUCCUAAUCCUUAUAAAGAAUAAUUUGUCUUUCAACCUGUUUGUUUAUCCCGUGGGAAUGGGCCAAUCAGUGUUGUUCAUUUAUGUAGGUAGAUGUAUUGAUAAGCACUCUAGCAACCGGACAUGUUCCGAGAAUAAAAUAGAAUCCCCCCCCCCCUUUUUGUAGCUAAUCAACUACUGGACUGGAAAAAGGGGGGGGUGGGGCAAUGCAAGUGGUAGGGCAAUGCAAGUGGUGGGGCAAUGCAAGUGGUGGGGCAAUGCAAGGGGUGGGGCAAUGCAAGGGGUGGUUUUUUGUAGCUAAUCAACUACUGGACGGGAAAAAGGGGGGGGUGGGGCAAUGCAAGUGGUAGGGCAAUGCAAGUGGUGGGGCAAUGCAAGUGGUGGGGCAAUGCAAGGGGUGGGGCAAUGCAAGGGGUGGGACAAUGCAAGGGGUGGGGCAAUGCAAGUGGUGGGGCAAUGCAAGUGGUGGGGCAAUGCAAGUGGUGGGGCAAUGCAAGUGGUAGGAGGUAGAAGAAGAGACCUCAGGCCCCGGGCGUCAAGAUCAAAGGGCGCCGAAUAUGACCAUUGGUUGUUUAAGUGAUCAAUCUUGAAAUCGAUGAAAUUUGAAAUCAAUGUAACAUUUAUUUAUUUAUUCUCCUGCACGACGUAGAAACUUGAACCUCAUGAGGACCAGGACCAGGACAAAACCUAUACUACAAAUGACCAACAAGAGGACGAGCUCCAUUUUCCCUCAGGUAAUUUAUGUGACGUCAUCAGGUCUUUUCCUAGCCCCAAACAAUAAAGUCGAUGAGACGGCCAAUGAGAUUUAAUUAGUGCAAACAUAGUCCCAAAGUAGCAUUUUAAAAAUGUAACAAAAAAGUCCUCUCUUUUGUAUCAGUUAAACAUGCAAUGAAUUCUCACGUGACUACAUUACAGAUUCAACAUUUAACAAUGUAUUUUAAAAGUUUCUACCACCGUUUAUUGAAAUAUAAGCCGACCACACUAUUUAAAUUGUUCAUAGAAAGGUGCUCACUACAAACAUGUGGUAAGAUUGGGAAACCCAGUGCUCUCAAAUGCGAGUGAUUUUUGGGGGGGACGGGAACUGGGAAGUAAAGACAAAUGGAAACGUUUUCUUAAUUUAUUUAGUUUCCCUUCGAUAUGUUAUCUUUUCUAUAUCUAUUUUUAAUAGAAUUCCUUUUCUUAAAAAAAAGAAAACCAUCACCACCCCCCCCCCCAAAAAAAAAAUUAUAUAUAUAUAUAUAUAUAUAUAUAUAUAUAUAUAAGAAAUUCCUCACUUUUCCACUCUGGGAGAUUACAUAAUUAGAGCAAAAAAAAACAACAACAAAACAACUGCCAACUGAAACCUAUAUCACACUGACAGUUUCCUAAACGAGGCUUGCAAUCCUUGUGACGUAUUGGUAAAUAAUUCGUCUUUGGGGAGAGGGUUUACAACACAACAAGACCGGUAAUACAUCUGUCUAAUAUGUGAGGGCUUGUUGUAGAAUGAUUCGGUUUGUAGCUGCGAUUAGUUGGUUAGUUGUGAGAAGCCAGGUCUUACAUCUGGUAAGUUUUUUACUGAAUAACUAGUAUUAAGUUAAUUUUUUUUAAAGGGUAUUUUAUAAUUAUUCAGUUGGUUUUGAUGUGUUGUGUGUACAUGUAUAUGUUACACUCUUUGAUAAGGACUGCCUAGAGUAGUUUUACAGCGUUCUGGGCGCCAGGUCGAACAGAAUGAACCGCAUAGUGAGUCUUUCGGCAGCCUUCCCCCACACCGCCUCUCCACCACACCACCCCUGCCCCACACCACGAACAACACCCCUCCCCCCACACACCAACCAAACUACCCCCUCCCCACACGACCUCUCCCCCACACACCCCUGCCCCACACCACGAACCACAACAGCCCGAACCACAACACCCCUCCCCCACACACCAACCAAACUACCCCUUCCCCACACGACCUCUCCCCCCACACCGCCCCUGCACCACACCACGAACCACAACACCCCUCCCCCACACACCAACCAAACCCUCCCUCCCACACCACUCCUCCACCACACCACCAGACAACGCAAGCGGAACCCGAAUGUCUCGCACAUUUUUUGUCGUAUCUGACAAUGUCGGCAAGGACAUUAUUUUCAACGGCCCUCCAAGGGUGACAGCUAGGUGUUAUCGGGAGCAAUGUUAGGCACUUCAACAAUCCUCACACUUGAAAACACUUUUAUUUGUAGUCGAUAUCUUUUCGAGGAAAGAGUGGCUUAAAAUGAUAGACACUGUAUAGGUUUCUUGUAUUAUGAUAGACACAUAGUUUUCUUGUAUAAUGAUAGACACUUUAUAGUUUUCAUGUAUAAUGAUAGACACUUUAUAGUUUUCAUGUGUACUGAUAGACACUUUAUAGUUUACAUGUAUAAUGAUAGACACUUUAUAGUUUUCAUGUAUAAUGAUAGACACUUUAUAGUUUACAUGUAUAAUGAUAGACACUUUAUAGUUUUCAUGUAUAAUGAUAGACACUUUAUAGUUUUCAUGUAUAAUGAUAGACACGUUAUAGUUUACAUGUAUAAUGAUAGACACUUUAUAGUUUUCAUGGUUCAGUGACAGAACUGUUCUCAUGGUUUAGAUCAGGGGUUUCUCAAACUACGGAAUGCGGGGCAUAUCCGACCGCCCUGGCCACCGUAAAAGUUCGUGGCUAUCAGCGACAAAUAUACUGAAACUAUAGACCGGCCCCGACAGUGUUCGAGGACACUGAUCCAGCCCCUGAUACAGUUUGAUGACCCCUGGUUUAGAUCAUGACCUUUGACAAAUACAAUGGCUCUCAAAGUUCAGCGGCGUCACUAGGGCUGGUGACACCCAGUGUGGAAAACUCGUGGUGUCACCCCCCCUCCAUCUUUUUCAGACGGUCCCCAUGAACCUCCUACGAGUAUGUCUUGAUGGCACCCUGCCCUGAUGACACCCUGAUUUGAUGGAACCCUGCUCUGUCUGAUGAACCCUGUUCCGGUGGUUCCUGCUCUGUUUGGUGAACCUUACAAUUAUAUUCACAUAUGUUAAUAGUGAAUUUUUACACAGGAAGGGAAAACAAUGGCGUCAUAUCAGAUGCGUUUAAAGCAAAGUUCCACACUUAAAAGAGAAAGUUGGUUAAAAAAAUGUUUUAAAAAAAAUAUUCUUGUUUAAUUUUAUUCAGAAGAAAAGGCGACAUACGUUGUGACGUCAUCCAGACCCUCGUCCCAGUCGUCGCGUUUGGUUGUAAUGACGUCACGGCCGUCGUUCACGCGCACGCCUAGUAGCAUGAAGCCAAACACCGAGCUGGAGAGCGAGGACGACGCGUCACAGGAGGGCGUCCUCAUAACAGAACUGCAGGUGAUGUAGAGCCCAGGGUUACCCCGAGGGGGGAGGGACAGGACCACUCGAUGGCUUGGUGGUGGCUUUAACCAAAUAUUUGGUGGUGGCUUUAACCAAAGGUUUGCUGGUGGCUUUAACCAAAGGUUUGAAGGUGGCUUUAACCAAAUGUUUGGUGGUGGCUUUAGCCAAAGGUUUGGUGGUGGCUUUAACCAAAGGCUUGGUGGUGGCUUUAGCCAAAGGUUUGAAGGUGGCUUUAACCAAAUGUUUGGUGGUGGCUUUAGCCAAAGGUUUGGUGGUGGCUUUAACCAAAGGUUUGAUGGUGGCUUUAACCAAAGGUUUGGUGGUGGCUUUAACCAAAGGUUUGGUGGUGGCUUUAACCAAAGGUUUGGUGGUGGCUUUAACCAAAGGUUUGGUGGUGGCUUUAACCAAAGGUUUGAAGGUGGCUUUAACCAAAUGUUUGGUGGUGGCUUUAGCCAAAGGUUUGGUGGUGGCUUUAACCAAAGGUUUGGUGGUGGCUUUAACCAAAGGUUUGGUGGUGGCUUUCACCAAAUGUUUGGUGGUGGCUUUAACCAAAUGUUUGGUGGUGGCUUUAACCAAAGGCUUGAAGGGGCUUUAACCAAAGGCUUGAAGGGGGCUUUAACCAAAUGUUUGGUGGUGCCUUUAACCAAAGGUUUGGUGGUGGCUUUAACCAAUGGUUUGAAGGUGUCUUUAACCAAAGGUUUGAAGGUGUCUUUAACCAAAGGUUUGAAGGUGGCUUUUACCAAAGGUUUGGUGGUGGCUUUUACCAAAUGUAGUCUUUACUGUGUCAAGGUGGGAACCGUGGAAGGUCAACAUGGGUCAAGAACUAAUGACGUUAGAUAAACACGUAGAUGGUCCAUUGGGGUUAUGAUCGAUGGUCACAGUUGUAGGUGGACACUGAUAUGAUCCACUGUGUUUAAGUACUUCGAUCACAAAAGUAGGUGGACUAUGCGAUGGUCAACAGGGUCAGGUACGAGAAUUACAAAUGUAGAUGGACUCUGGGUUAGUACACAGUGGUUAAGUAAUUUGGUCACAACAGGGGUGGACAAUGGGAUGGUCCACAGGGGUCAAGUACGAGAGUCACAAUUGUAAGUGGACCCUGUUAAGGUCCACAUUGGUUAAUUUCAAAUAUCUCUACUGUAAAGGGACAGUGAGAUCAUCCACAUGGGUCAAGUAUGAGAGUCACAAUUGUAGUUGGACCCUCGUAUUGUCCACAGAAGCUCAAAAGCUCGCCCUACUGGAUACACCACUAACAUAUUUGAAUGAAAACUUGACUCAAUAGUAAAAUAUAUUUAUACAAUAGAAUGUUACACUUCCGGUACGCACUAAUAAAGUCUUGACUAAAUGAAAUAACAUGCAGUAACUGGAAUAACAUGCAGUAACUGAAAGAACAUGCAGUAACUGAAAGAACAUGCAAUAACUGAAAGAACAUGCAGUAAUGAAAGAACAUGCAGUAACUGAAAGAACAUGCAUUAACUGAAAGAACAUGCAUUAACUGAAAGAACAUGCAGUAACUGAAAGAACAUGCAGUAACUGAAAGAACAUGCAGUAACUGAAAGAACAUGCAGUAACUGAAAGAACAUGCAGUAACUGAAAGAACAUGCAGUAACUGAAAGAACAUGCAGUAACUGAAAGAACAUGCAGUAACGGAAAGAACAUGCAGUAACGGAAAGAACAUGCAGUAACUGAAAUAACAUGCAGUAACGGAAAUUAUCCGAUAGUGUUUCAGAUGUAGCGUUCUAUUGGUUAACAUAACAAAGCCCAAGACGCCCCUGAGGCAGACAAACUCUAAUGCUGCCUUAUUAUUCUGUUGUGCUACAGUAAAAAAACGUUACCAUGACAACGUUUAGAUACAUUCACUGAAAAUUACAUGAAAUAAAUGAACACUUUGUACUAUGACUCAAUUCAUCAUCAAAGCCCUGUAUCCCUCAAAAUGAACACUCAAUAGAUAUCUAAAUAGACGUGUGUGUGUGUGUGUGUGUGUGUGGGUGUAUUAGUAAUGAGUUUACUCCCAUAGGAACCAGACCAUGAUGAAGAGAAGGUAUCGCAAGACGAACUCCAAGACGUCACAACGACAGCUGAUCAGGACGAUUUGGAGUUGACCAGCCCCAGUCCGCCAAAUGACGUCACCGAGGAGAGUGAAUUGAGGAGAGUGGAGGUGGUCAUCUCGGAGGAAAAACCGGAAGAGUAUUAUGACACCGACCUUGAAAAUGAAGGUUAUUUUGCGUCUAGUCUUAUCUAAAUUAUAUUGAAAUGUUUCAUGCGAUAAACAACACCACCAUUUUGAAAAGUAAUUAAUAAACAUCUCUUAAGACUUAGGAAGAGCUUGUCACCAAAUGUUUAACCUUUGUCAGCACGGUGCUCGAGCUCUUCCUAUGUAACAACACAAACACAAUUCUAUGUUACUGUAUAUAUUUUGAACGCGCUAUCUUUACAACGUGACUUCUCAAUCCAUGGGGUGCUCGCCUCCCUCAGGGGCGCGAAAUGGCGGCUCGGGGCGUGCGGAAAAAAAGUAAUUAAAGCACAGAGGCGCCAAUUAACUUUUAAGUUAUAAAUGUUCAUGUUGUUUUUCUUCUUGGAAAUUGUACUUUAUGUCAAGCGUUUAUAAUCAACAUUCUACAGCUCAACAUUCCACCGUUCUCAUUUAGUUCAAUAAAUAAGUUUUAAAAAAAAUAAAGUUUAAAAUGCAUCAUUACUUUUGUAACCUUAGUAAACAAAAAUAUGUAAGGAUGCAGCCAACAAUUUUGUUUUUUUGGGAUGGGGGCGAGGGGGAGGGGGCAUUGCUUUAGCAGACUAACGAGAGAUAACAUUGCUCACGAAUAAUCAUACAAGAAAAAUUAAGAUUAACAUUAAGAUGGUCUCAGAUUUCUCACGCUCCAAUACACCUGACUUUGUUGAGCAACGAACGGCGCACUAAGCGCUCUACAUGGGUUAGCAAAUUAUUUCAUGUUGGCAAUGCAUCAUUUUAAAAACGUUGGUACCAGGUGCUAGCUUCAGACUUUAAGUUUUUUUUAAUAAAAUAUUUCCUGUACAGAGGAGGAAGAAGAUGACUUCGUGAUAUCCUACUACAAAACUGUCUGCGACGAGCUGGGCAUCGCUCCCAUAGAUUACUUCCUAAGACGCAUCAGGAACCCAAACAUCCGGAUGAGGUACAGGGGACUCAGCCUAGAAGCUACACGCGCCAUUGCUUUGGCGCUCAAGGUGAACAGUUGGUUUUAACAUUGGGGUGUGCCAUUGCAUUGGCGCUCAAGGUGAACAGUUGGUUUUAACAUUGGGGUGUCGGUGAAAAGAGCGUUCGAAAAAUUGUAUGGCUUUUUAUUAUUUUUUUUAAAAAUUGAAAUAUGUUUUGGCGUCCGAUAGUCUAAAUGAGACGAUGGUGUGGUCUCAAUGAGACGAUGGUGUGGUCUCAAGGAGACGAUGGGGAGGUCUCAAGGAGACGAUGGUGUGGUCUCAAUGAGACUAUGGUGUGGUCUCAAGGAGACGAUGGUGUGGUCUCAAUGAGACGAUGCUGUGGUCUCAAUGAGACGAUGGUGUGGUCUCAAGGAGACGAUGGCGUGGUCUCAAUGAGACGAUGCUGUGGUCUCAAUGAGACGAUUGUGUGGUGUCAAUGAGACGAUGGUGUUGUCUCAAGGAGACGAUGGUGUGGUGUCAAUGAGACGAUGGUGUGGUCUCAACGAGACGAUGGUGUGGUCUCAACGAGACAAUGGUGUGGUCUCAAUGAGACGAUGGUGUCCUGGGAUUUUAAAAUAUACGCUAAAUAUUUAUUAUGGAGAAACCCUCUGGUUCCUAUUCAGCUAAAUUUAAAUAUUAUUCUUUGGAAUUAAAAUUUGGCUUGACUUCUACAUAACUUAAAGAUAGGUUGAGUAGCCCUUGCAACCAGUGAAAUAUCCUCUUCAAUGACAGGCACAGAAACAUUGCGAAUCCCUUCUACAUAAAUAGGAGCCAGAAUGAUCAAUACAUUGUUUGUGGGCCCUUAAGAUAUGGAGGAGGAAGUGUUUCUUCUUUAUUUGGAACCCUCGUAGGUCUUUGAGCAAGGACAUCGGGUUAGGGGGUUUCAUGCCAAUCUAAGAGUGGACCCAAACAUAGAUUAAUAUCUUCUAUAUCAAAGAAUAUAUACAUUGUGACAUACAUUGCUAAAAUAGUGUUGUAUUUUUCCAAUAUGGAUUAAUUAGACCAACAAAUACAUUGUGGCAUACAUUGCUAAAAAUUGUGUUGUAUGAUUUAAAUGUGGAUUUUAAAAUAAUUUAAACGGGAAACUGUUUCCCAUCAGGACAGCAUAACUCUGGAGCGUCUUGACCUUUGUGGCAACUGGAUAGGAAGUGAGGGCGCCACAUACAUGGCCAGGAUGUUGGAGGAAAAUGAUUACGUCACAGACGUGGUGAGUGUUCGUACGCGUAGGGCGAUAGAUGAUAGAAUGAUGACGUCAUUGCUUUCAUGAAUGGAACAUCGUGUAGGCUCAUAGGGGUUAACUUGUCCUCGAGUAGGCCCAUAAGGGUUAACUUGUCUUCGUGUAGACCCAUAGGGUUUAGGGUUAACUUGUCCUCGAUUAGGCCCAAGGGGGUUAGCGUUAACUUGUCCUCCAGUAGACCCAAUGGGGUUAGGGUUAACACGUCCUCGAUACACUGUGACUCGAUUAGUUGUAUACAAAGUUAACAUAGAAGGUAUGCAGGGAUCAACAGUGUAAUGAUAAUGAACUUAACCCAAGUUGUGGGAUAUAUGAAGCAACGUUACAAAAUUUAUAUAAUUUUAAAAAAAGAUUUUGCAUAGCACAUACUAAUACAUAUCACUUUUAAUGUCUUAUGUUAGACUCUGUCGGAAAACAAGUUUGGGAGCAUAGGAGGUGACGUAAUGGCCAACAUGUUGAUCAUAAAUGGCGGACUUCGGAGAUUGGAUCUCUCAGGUAAACUAACAGACUUCAGUUAGAAUGAUCCCAUUUGUUCUCAGGUAAACUAACACAGUCUUCAGUUACAAUGAUCCCAUAUGUUCUCAGGUAAACUAACACAGACUUCAGUUAGAAUGAUCCCAUUUGUUCUCAGGUAAACUAACACAGACUUCAGUUAGAAUGAUCCCAUAUGUUCUCAGGUAAACUAACACAGACUUCAGUUAGAAUGAUCCCAUAUGUUCUCAGGUAAACUAACACAGACUUCAGUUGGAAUGAUCCCAUUUGUUCUCAGGUAAACUAACACAGACUUCAGUUAGAAUGAUCCCAUAUGUUCUCAGGUAAACUAACACAGACUUCAGUUAGAAUGAUCCCAUAUGUUCUCAGGUAAACUAACUCAGACUUCAGUUAGAAUGAUCCCAUUUGUUCUCAGGUAAACUAACACAGACUUCAGUUAGAAUGAUCCCAUUUGUUCUCAGGUAAACUAACACAGACUUCAGUUAGAAUGAUCCCAUAUGUUCUCAGGUAAACUAACACAGACUUCAGUUAGAAUGAUCCCAUAUGUUCUCAGGUAAACUAACACAGACUUCAGUUAGAAUGAUCCCAUAUGUUCUCAGGUAAACUAACACAGACUUCAGUUAGAAUGAUCCCAUAUGUUCUCAGGUAAACUAACACAGACUUCAGUUAGAAUUAUCCCAUAUGUUUUCAGGUAAACUAACACAGACUUCAGUUACAAUGAUCCCAUAUGUUCUCAGGUAAACUAACACAGACUUCAGUUACAAUGAUCCCAUAUGUUCUCACGUAAACUAACACAGACUUCAGUUAGAAUGAUCCCAUAUGUUCUCAGGUAAACUAACACAGACUUCAGUUAGAAUGAUCCCAUUUGUUCUCAGGUAAACUAACACAGUCUUCAGUUACAAUGAUCCCAUAUGUUCUCAGCUAAACUAACACAGACUUCAGUUAGAAUGAUCCCAUUUGUUCUCAGGUAAACUAACACAGACUUCAGUUAGAAUGAUCCCAUAUGUUCUCAGGUAAACUAACACAGACUUCAGUUAGAAUGAUCCCAUAUGUUCUCAGGUAAACUAACACAGACUUCAGUUAGAAUGAUCCCAUUUGUUCUCAGGUAAACUAACACAGACUUCAGUUAGAAUGAUCCCAUAUGUUCUCAGGUAAACUAACACAGACUUCAGUUAGAAUGAUCCCAUAUGUUCUCAGGUAAACUAACACAGACUUCAGUUAGAAUGAUCCCAUAUGUUCUCAGGUAAACUAACACAGACUUCAGUUAGAAUGAUCCCAUAUGUUCUCAGGUAAACUAACACAGACUUCAGUUAGAAUGAUCCCAUAUGUUCUCAGGUAAACUAACACAGACUUCAGUUACAAUGAUCCCAUUUGUUCUCAGGUAAACUAACACAGACUUCAGUUAGAAUGAUCCCAUAUGUUCUCAGGUAAACUAACACAGACUUCAGUUACAAUGAUCCCAUAUGUUCAGGGAAGAUGAUUCAAGCCUAAGAUGUGCACAUCUUUAAAAAAAAUUAAAAUGCUAAUAAAUAAAUAAAUAUGAUAGAUAAAUUAUUCCUUUCUAAAGAUAUGUGUUCCCUCUUUUAUCUGGAGUGUUCCCAGCUCCACCAAUACUCGGGCACUCGGCUAGCAAGUGCACACCUGUCUCUGGCGCCUGCCCACAAAUGAGACAUGUCAAUUCCCGAGGAGAAUUCAAUCUUUCAAAAUUUUUGACUGAAUUUUUUGUUAUGAUACAUUUUAUAUUUAAACUCAAACUCUUAUAAGACAUUUUUGUUCCAUAUUUUUCUAUUUUCGUAAUUUUUUUUUUUCAGGCAACGAAUUUGAUGACAAAUGUGCCAUUAGUUUUGCGCAAGCGAUUGAAGUAAGUUAUCAGACUUUGCCUGUGCGAAACAUAGGCCACUAAUUCAAUAACAUGUUAGAUUUCUAUCCAUUGAAAACCAAUUUUCUGUCUACCAUCACACAAUAGUUGUAAUUUGUUUACAUUUACAUUUGUGGACGCUCUGGAAGAACGUGUGGAGUCCACACUAUUGGAAAAUGACAACGUCGAAGCAAACUGGGCAUCACUUAGAUCGAUGCUGUACAACACCGCCAUGGAGUUUCUGGGACCAAGCUUCAAAAAACAUUAGGAUUGGUUUGAUAACUGUGACGUAAUCAAGAAACUGCUGGAGGAAAAACGCCGUCUCCAAUACGCUUCCCUAAACAACCCGAGGUCAAGGCCAAUGAAAGAUGCGUACAACCCGAGGUCAGUCUCAAUGAAAGAUGCGUACCACGGUGUAAGAAGAACGGUGCAGCGAAAACUGCGUCUAAUGCAGAAUAAGUGGUUGAGCGACAAGGCCGGCAAGAUCCAAAGCUAUGCGGACCAACAUGACAUAAAAAAUUUCUACUCCGCUCAGAAUAUAGUGUACGACCUGACUUCAUCAGGAUCAUCCCCACUUCUGAGUGCUGAUGAGAAAUCUCUAAUCAAUGAGAAGGGGGAAAAAAUUGUUUGCUGGGCUGAACACUUUGACAACAACCGGAAUCGACCUUCAUCCAUCAAUGAUGAAGCAAUAAAUCGUCUCAUACAUGAGCAGACACAGACACCACCAGGGACCUCCAGCAUGCAGACGACUGUGCCCUAAACGAUGUAUCAGAAGUGGAUAUGCAACGCUGCGUCACAAACUUGUCCAAUGCCUGCACAAACUUCUGGCUCACCAUAAACACAAAAAAGACUGAGGUCCAAUACCAGCCAGCUCCUCGAAGAUCUUAUGUGGAGCCCAACAUCCAAGUUUAUGGCGACUUAAGGUGGUGAAUAACUUUUCUUACCUUGGCAGCACACUGUCCCAAAGCGCAACCAUCGCUGAUGAGGUUACCCUCCAUAUUGCGAGAGCCAGUGCAACCUAUAGAAAAUUGACUAAGAACGUGUGGACCAGGAGAGGAAUCAGCACUCAAACUAAACGGAAAGUUUAUAAGGCGUCUGUUCUCCUUAAGCUUCUAUAUGCCUGUAAAACAGGGACGGUCUACCAAUGCCAUGCUGAACCACUUUCAUAAAACAAGACGCAAAAAAUCCUCAACAUUAAAUGACAGGACAGGGUCCCAGACACUGAGGUGCUCACACAAGCAGAUCUCCCAGCAUCUUUACCAUAUUAAUUCAGUGCCAGCUUCGUUGGGCGGGACAUGUUGUGAGAAUAUCAGACGACCAUCUGCCAGCCAGUAUUUUUCUAUGGUGAGCUCGAACAAGAACCGCUGUCUUCUGGCGGGCAGAAAAAAACGUUUUAAAGACAACAUAAAAGCCUCACUGAAAGCGUUCAACAUAAGCCGAGACACGUGGGAGGAAAAGCAAAGGAUCGAACAUCAUGGCGUUCCACUUUACACAGGAGCUCCAUGCAACAUGAAGUUAGCAGCACAAGAGACAUGCCAGGAAGGACCGGUCUGACACUGCUCCAGGAGAUGCCCCAUCAUUCCUCUGCACCUACUGCACAAGAAAAUUUCGUGCCAGAAUCGGCUUCAUUUACCAUCUGCUCACCCACAGACAGAACUAGCACAAAUCAGAUGAUUAAACUGACGAACAUUUACUUGUGAAACAUCACACAAUAUUUGUAAUUUGCUUACAUUUACAUGUGAACAUCACACAAUAUUUGUAAUUUUGUACAUCUUUCUCGUUACAUUUCAUCACAAAUCUAAGAACUGUUCUCGGUGACGUAAUAACUACUUUUGCAGAUUUUUUAUUCACAAACCGUCUUAAAAAAUGAAAAAUGUAAUGUACAAUCAAUAAAAGAAUAGGAUUUGUUUUGUCAAUGAGAUUUUAAUAAUGAAUAGCGUCUUCUAUCUAUAUAGACCGUUUCGCCCCAGCUACUUUGUGAGAUAUUCACGACGUGGAAACACCAUUAGAGGGCGUCUAACGCCAGCCCGGGGUGUGAGGGAGUGGAAUUGAGCACGUUGAUCUAACCAUCCAAAUAUUAGCAAGCUCGAUAGUUGAUGUUGUAGGGUCAGCGCCACAAUCCUAUCAGGUGCUCUUUGUUUUCGAUUACCCCCACUCUGCUAGCCAAUCGAUUGGACUUCAAACGGGGGCUGUCUCAGCCACGUAGAACUCCCGGCGUGCCACUUCGGGGUCCGAUUUUCGCUCUCAGGUUGGGGGGGGGGGAGAGGUACAACGGGAAGAUCUUAAUCAGCUUAGGCCCGAAAAUUUUCUUAAGUGGAUUAGAUUAGAUCUGUUAAGACGUGUACAAUAUAUAUAUAUAUAUUUUUAAUGUAUAACCUUCCUCCCACCCCUCUCCUCAAAUCAUCACACGUUAACAAAAUGCCUCACCCCAUUUUCUCUCAUUUAGUGGCGUCACAAAACUGUAUCCAAAUUUUCAUGAUAAUAAUUUGAAGUAUGUUGGUCAAAUCUUAAUGUCAUUUUUUUCUUCUUCAGAAUAACAAUUUACGGGAACUCAAUCUCAGCCACAACAAGUUCUCUGACGCCGGUGCUCAGCUGCUGGGCCCAGCUAUUGGUGGGUGCUUAGUUAAAUUACACCAAGAAUAAUUAGAGUGUAUAGUGCCACCAAAUUAACUCAUUGGAACAUAAUCCCCUUAAGGAAUUUUUCAAUAUGAAUAGAUCUAAGUCAACAAGAAACAUUUUAAUUGUUGAUGUCUUUAGGGCAAUGCGUACUCAAACUUUUCGAUCCAAGGGUCAGUAUUUGACUUUGGCCAAACCGAGAGGUCCAGGCCAGACAGUGUCGGGCCAACUGCACAUUGAGUUUGAGCCUGCGGUACCACAGCUUUCGUCCCUAGGGGGCGCCAUACGCCACUUAAUCGUAUAUUCGUCGCUAGGUGGCGCCAUACGCCACUUAAUCAUAUAUUCGACGCAAGGUGGCGCCAUACGCCACUUAAUCGUAUAUUCGACGCUAGGUGGCGCCAUACGCCACUUAAUCGUAUAUUCGUCGUUAGAUUUAGAUUUGAAAUUUACAUAAUAACUUUCUUUUGUUUUAAAUCCAGAUGUUUGUUUUCUUUUCCUUUUUAAGAGUUCUCUAGUAGUUAAAAUGAACAUGAACUUUAAUUUUAGUUCUACAAUUCAUCACUGUAUUCGUUCACCAACUUUAUGAAAAUAAGGAGUAGUCUAAUUUUUUUCUCCUUGGUUGCUGAAACUUGUCUGAGUGCAAAAAGCAAAUCACCAUGUACUGCACAUGACUUAUAUUUCAUUAAGAAAUGUUAACCAGACGAUGAUGAAAUGAGGAACUCCUCCUUAUGACAUGCAUACGUUCAAUAACUGUUUCCGCAACUUCAGUAAAGCCACUGCACGAUUUUAAACACAGGAAUGACUGCAGUGACAUGCUAUCAUUUUCUGUUGUUGUUUUGUUGUUUUUUUUUGACUGCCUUGAGACGACUGGCAAGACCUAUCCAAUUUUUGCAGGAGCUAGUAAUGGUGUUCCUGGUUAAUUCGAGGGUCAAUUUUCAUUUAGCGCUACUCAUGAGACACGUCAGACUGAUGCAUAAAACAUCUAUAUGUCCUUUAGACAAACCUAGACUUUCGGUUGGCUCGUGUUUCUGUAAGUUUCCCCGCGGGGCCAGACUUUGACUACGCCUGCUUUAGAGGAAUUGUUAUGUUUUCUAUCUCAGGCACCAAUGAGAAUAUGGAUGUUCUUGAUUUGAGCUGGAAUCAUCUCAGAGAAAACGGGGGUAUGGCAAUAGCUAAGGGCCUCAAGGUCAGUUGAUUUGGCGGUGAUUAUUAAAAAUUAAUGGUAACAAUUCAAUAUAUUGGGGAUUGCAUCUAAUUUAUAUUUAUUUUAUUCCUGGCUUCAUGUGAUGAUUUUUUUACAGUAUGCUAUAACUUAAUGAUUGACCUAAAUAUAGAGAUUAGAACACACGAUAUCAAAGAUUGAAACAAACAAAAUAUUUUUAUAUCAUAAACUUAAAAAUGACAUGAUUUUUAAAAACUGAUUAGAAUCCAGCCAUUCUUCUUGAUCAAAUGAUGUAUCCACUAUUUUGAUCAAAUGAUGUAUCCACUAUUUUGAUCAAAUGAUGUAUCCACUAUUUUGAUCAAAUGAUGUAUCGACUAUUUUGAUCAAAUGAUGUAUCGACUAUUUUGAUCAAAUGAUGUAUCGACUAUUUUGAUCAAAUGAUGUAUCCACUAUUUUGAUCAAAUGCUGUAUCCACUAUUUUGAUCAAAUGAUGUAUCGACUAUUUUGAUCAAAUGAUGUAUCGACUAUUUUGAUCAAAUGAUGUAUCGACUAUUUUGAUCAAAUGAUGUAUCGACUAUUUUGAUCAAAUGAUGUAUCGACUAUUUUGAUCAAAUGAUGUAUCGACUAUUUGAUUAAUAAUCUGUUUUUAUUCUGUAGAUAACCCCAAAAGUUUGACGAGAAACAAUACGAUGUCAUCCCGUCAAACGAACAUUUUCGAAACAUAUUUUUUUUUUCUUUUUACCAGGAGAACGUUAGACUUAAAUCAUGCAAUCUUUCUUGGAACGGACUGGGAGUUCGAGGCGGGUUGGCCGUGGUUGACGCACUGUCAACCAACCAGAGUCUACAAGAACUAGACAUCUCUGGAAACCGUUUAAAUCUUGAGGUGGCGACGGCCUUGGCCAAAGUCCUUACCACCAACGACACGAUCAGGAUACUCAAAGUCAGUUGAGCUCAUAUGUUUGUUUGUUGCUUGUUAUUUUGAUGUAGCGUUAAGUGAAUUAAUAAGAAGGAAAUUCCGCCACUAACUCUAUUGGAGCAUCUGUUUUGCAAAGCUGUCAUGCCACUAACUCUAUCGGAGCAUCUGUUUUGCAAAGCUGUCAUGCCACUAACUCUAUCGGAGCAUCUGUUUUGCAAAGCUGUCAUGCCACUAGCUCUAUCGGGGCAUCUGUUUUGCAAAACUGCAUGUCAUGCCACUAAAUCUAUCGAGGCAUCUGUUUUGUAAAGCUGUCAUGCCACUAACUCUAUCGAGGCAUCUGUUUUUGCAAAGCUGUCAUGCCACUAACUCUAUCGGAGCAUCUGUUUUUGCAAAGCUGUCAUGCCACUAACUCUAUCGGGGCAUCUGUUUUGCAAAGCUGUCAUGCCACUAACUCUAUCGGGGCAUCUGUUUUGCAAAGCUGUCAUGCCACUAACUCUAUCGAGGCAUCUGUUUUUGCAAAGCUAUCGGGUACCACGAUUAAAUGCCCGGCCUGCGGGGAGGACUAUAGUUAUACAGACAUCUGAGAUAGACAUACACUACAAUGAAAUAAGAAAUAAUAAUUAAUGCGUACAAUUUUUUCAAGAAUGGUAUUGUCCAUUUCAGAUGGGAAACAACUUUAUAACGUCAGCGGGAGCCCUGGCCCUGGCGUCUGCCAUUAACAACACGGAGACCUGUGAGCUAGAGGAGUUAGACUUGACAGUAGGUUGAUGGAGUAGAGGCGUUAGACUUGACAGUAGGUUGAUGGAGUAGAGGAGUUAGACUUGACAGUAGGUUGAUGGAGUAGAGGAGUUAGAAUUAACAGUAGGUUGACUGAGUAGAGGAGUUAGACUUGACAGUAGGUUGAUGGAGUAGAGGAGUUAGACUUGACAGUAGGUUGAUUGAGUAGAGGUGUUAGAAUUGACAUUAGGUUGAUUGAGUAGAGGUUAGAAUUGACAUUAGGUUGAUUGAGUAGAGGAGUUAGAGUUGACAGUAGGUUGAUUGAGUAGAGGAGUUAGAAUUGAAAUAAGUUUGAUUGAAUAGAGGAGUUAGAAUUGACAGUAGGUUGAUUGAGUAGAGGGGUUAGAAUUGACAUUAGGUUGAUUGAGUAGAGGAGUUAGAAUUGACAGUAGGUUGAUUGAGUAGAGGAGUUAGAAUUGACAGUAGGUUGAUUGAGUAGAGGAGUUAGAAUUGACAGUAGGUUGAUUCAGACGAGUCGAUAACACAUUAGACCUUUAAGCGUGUGUGUGGGAGAAAAAAACAUUCAUUAGGAAUGAACAAUUCCUACAGCGUGUUGAAUGCGAGUAAUGCAAAAAUUGUAUUACACUGCUUCUCCCUUACCACAGGAUGUUCCGGUUGAGUAUGAAUUUUUGCGGACGAUAGAGGACGUGAAGGCCACGAGACCGAACUUCAUCGUCAGGCACGGGCCUAUCAUGAGGGCGGGAAACACAAGGGAGGACAUCUCAACCCCGGCAAUUGAUGUUGAGAAGAUCAGGAAGGAACCAGUGGUAUUACUGAAGGUAGGCGUCAUCAGCCAUGUGCUUGUAAUGUUACUUGUUGCAUCCGAUGUCAAUAGUCAUGUUAUAACACAUGAUGUCAAUGUCCAUGCCGUUGUAAUUUUAUAGCACAAUAUGGCAGCGUCCAUGCUGUUGUAAUUUUAUAGCACAUAAUGUCAUCGCCCAUGCUGUUGUAAUGUUAUACCACAAUGUGUCAUCGUCCAUGCUGUUGUAAUGUUAUAGCUCAUUAUGUCAGCGUCCAUGCUGUUGUAAUGUUAUAGCUCAUUAUGUCAGCGUCCAUGCUGUUGUAAUGUUAUACCACAAUGUGUCAUCGUCCAUGCUGUUGUAAUGUUAUAGCUCAUUAUGUCAGCGUCCAUGCUGUUGUAAUGUUAUACCACAAUGUGUCAUCGUCCAUGCUGUUGUAAUGUUAUAGCUCAUUAUGUCAGCGUCCAUGCUGUUGUAAUGUUAUACCACAAUGUGUCAUCGUCCAUGCUGUUGUAAUGUUAUAGCUCAUUAUGUCAGCGUCCAUGCUGUUGUAAUGUUAUAGCACAUUAUGUCAGCGUCCAUGCUGUUGUAUGUAAUGUUAUACCACAAUGUGUCAUGGUCCAUGCUGUAGAAAACACAUAUGAAUGUUUGUUAUGGCAAUAGAACGCUCAUCUAUUAAGGACGGAUUUAAUUUACGUUAUCUGAAUGAAUUAUUAUAAUUAUUAUUAUUACUAUUAUUAUUAAAAUUUUUGGAUUAAGAAUAAAUCUGGGUUCCGGCAACUAUAUGUUAACAAAAUGUCAAUGCUUAAAUCACUAUAACAUGCUAACCUUUGCACUCUUCCCCAGGAGCACAUCGUCAUCAACGACAUGAGGCUGCUGGAUAUUUUGAAACGAUAUGAUGAGAGCAACUCACUGAGCAUCUCUGCCGAGGACUUCAUAUCAGCUCUUGAGGUACGAAUCUCAUCGACGGUUUAACAGCAACGGUUUAAAAGCAACGGUUUAACGGCGUUAAAAUUAAUUAUUUAAAAACAAUUUAUUUAACACAAUACGUUCAGCGUUGUCUUAAAGGGCAGUGUGUUCAACGUUGUCUUAAAGUGCAGUGUGUUCAACGUUGUCUUAAAGUGCAGUGUGUUCAACGUUGUCUUAAAGUGCAGUGUGUUCAACGUUGUCUUAAAGUGCAGUGUGUUCAACGUUGUCUUAAAGUGCAGUGUGUUCAACGUUGUCUUAAAGUGCAGUGUGUUCAACGUUGUCUUAAAGUGCAGUGUGUUCAACGUUGUCUUAAAGUGCAGUGUGUUCAACGUUGUCUUAAAGUGCAGUGUGUUCAACGUUGUCUUAAAGUGCAGUGUGUUCAACGUUGUCUUAAAGUGCAGUGUGUUCAACGUUGUCUUAAAGUGCAGUGUGUUCAACGUUGUCUUAAAGUGCAGUGUGUUCAACGUUGUCUUAAAGUGCAGUGUGUUCAACGUUGUCUUAAAGUGCAGUGUGUUCAACGUUGUCUUAAAGUGCAGUGUGUUCAACGUUGUCUUAAAGUGCAGUGUGUUCAACGUUGUCUUAAAGUGCAGUGUGUUCAACGUUGUCUUAAAGUGCAGUGUGUUCAACGUUGUCUUAAAGUGCAGUGUGUUCAACGUUGUCUUAAAGUGCAGUGUGUUCAACGUUGUCUUAAAGUGCAGUGUGUUCAACGUUGUCUUAAAGUGCAGUGUGUUCAACGUUGUCUUAAAGUGCAGUGUGUUCAACGUUGUCUUAAAGUGCAGUGUGUUCAACGUUGNAAAAAAAAAAAAUUUAUUACCUUUGCGGGGGGGGGCAAAACAUUUUUAGUAAUGUUUUAAUGUAGUUUUAAUUCACUGUAGCGUAUUUGUAUGAUGAACGAAUGGACAGGACAUCAGCUUAGUUACUUUCUCUUGAUUUUAUCUUUACUUUAAUACAUUUUUUGUCUAUUUUUAUCUAAAAAAAUUUUAUUCAAUCAAUCCAGGGGGGGGGCAAGUGCCCCACCUUGCCCCUACCUGCGGGUGCCCUGGGGGGGGUUGGGGUGGUUGGGUGAGGUUACAAAUUUGCUAGAUUCUAAUUGCCAAGUUUCAACUCGAUAGGUUGGCGGUAAGUGGGUCAAUAAGCCGUCCGAAGAUUGAGCUAGCCACCCUACGAACAAAAUCCAGUAACUGGGACUUUCUUUCAAAGACGAGUUGAAACGCACUAACGAGUAGGAAAUAAUGUCAAAUUUAUUCUAAUCCAUUAAGCAAAGAAAGGCGGUGUUAGUGAGUCAGAUGCACCGGCCUCGUCUCGACCUUACAGGUCAGUUAGAGCAAGCGGGGGAAAAAAGGGGGCGGUGGGGUUAAAUCACGUUUCAUGUUAGUCCUAUCAGUCCGCACCCCAACCCCCUUUUCCCUCGACCCGGUAAACCGGAACUCUCAGACAAAGUCUGUCUCGUGUUGACCUUACAGGUCAGUUGGAGCUUUGGAAUCAACCGUAGCGAGAGGGACACGCGGGAGGAAACGUAAGCAAAAAAAAAAAUUAGGCUGGACAUACCGGACAAGAAGACAUAACUAACGGACUUGUGAGUAGAGGGGAAGUUUUAAUAAUACAACGUUCUCACACCCCCACCUUCCUGCGCCACAGCUAUUUGCCUCACGUGAUUUCAACGUCAUCAGAAACGGAAGCUAUAUUACUUUCAUUCCAAAGACAUUACAGGGGAUUUGUCCCGUCCCCCCACCCCCCCCCCCCCCCCCCCCCAAAAAAAAAGAAAAAAAAAGAAUCUUUUUCUAUAAGUAUUUUUGCACUUAUUUUUGUCUAUGAUGCAUCCCUUCCCCCAGGAGCUCGCUGUGCCGUAUGACAGAAAGAGAUUAGAAGACUCGGUGAGAACGUUCGCAGCCACAGCCACGGGAAAGAUUUAUUUUGGGUGAGUACGCGCGUACCUCUGGGCAAUUAAAAUCAUUAGGAACGCUACAAUUCAAUAUAAUUUGUUACAAUUCAAUAUAGUUUGUUACAAUUCAAUAUAGUUUGUUACAAUUCAAUAUAGUUUGUUACAAUUCAAUAUAGUUCUUUACAAUUCAUUGAGGUUCUUUACAAUUCAAUAUAGUUACGGUAUUUAUAAUACAAUAUCGUUCGUUACCAUUCAAUAUAGUUAUUUAAAAUACAAUAUCGUUCGUUCAAUUCAAAUAUAGUUAUUUACAAUACAAUAUAACUCAUUGCAAUACAAUAUAGUUCGUUACAAUUCAAUUUAGUUUAUGUAACAAUAUGACAAUCCCCGUAUGACUUGUAUUCAAAUAUAGAAUUUAGUGGCAAAAUAAAAAGUAGACUAGUUGCAAUAAAAAUAGAAUUUCAAUUGUGUAAUUAUUAUAAAGACAAUUAUUUUAUGACGCCCCAUAUAUUCACAGGAGCUUUGUGUCCGAACAAAAGAACAAGUUACAGGUGAAUGAAAGCGAAACGUGAGAAAUCAACGACGACUUAUCAAUAACAAAUUUAUGUAUUGUAAAAAAACAACAGACAUUCCUAUAGUGGUGAAGCAUUUAUGUCAGUGAGCUGGUCAUCGCAGUGCAUAUGUUAUUAAAAGCUUUCAUUGUUGUGAUCAUAAUGCUUUUAUGAUCUUUAUCAAAGGCACAUAAAGUACAUAAAACCACUGUUACGAAUUGUAACGUUCUUUGGCAAAAUUACAUUUUAAGAUAUCUGAAAAGCAAUGCUAAUAUAUUAGGAUUAUAUUAUAUUAGGAUUGGAAAUUGAUAUAGCUGUUUUUUGUUUUUUGUUGUUUUUUUUACAUUUCUAAUAAUUAAAAUUAUGUACAAACUAAUGAUACAUAGAAUAAAAGCACAAUCAAGCUUAACAAAUCGUGAAGCAAAACACAAUAAACUGAAUAAUCAUUGCAA